GCCACCUCCUCCAGAAUGGCCAAUUGCAGGGACUUCACGGCCCACACGGGCUACGAGGUGCUGCUGCAGCGGCUGCUGGAUGGCAGGAAGACCUGCAAGGACAUGGAGGAGCUGCUGAGGCAGAGGGCCCAGGCAGAGGAACGGUAUGGGAAGGACCUGGUGCAGAUCGCCCGGAAGGCAGGCGGCCAGACAGAGAUCAACUCCCUGAGGGCCUCCUUUGACUCUCUGAAGCAGCAAAUGGAGAACGUGGGCAGCGCCCACAUCCAGCUGGCCCUGGCCCUGCGUGAGGAGUUGCGGAGCCUGGAGGAGUUUCGUGAGAGGCAGAAGGAGCAGAGGAGGAAGUAUGAGGCCAUCAUGGACCGUGUCCAGAAGAGCAAGCUGCUGCUCCACAAGAAGGCCAUGGAGUCCAAGAAGACAUAUGAGCAGAAGUGCCGAGAUGCAGACGACGCCGAGCAGGCCUUCGAGCGCAUUAGCACCAACGGUCAACAGAAGCAGGUGGAGAAGAGCCAGAACAAAGCCAAGCAGUGCAAGGACUCAGCCAUGGAGGCAGAGCGCGUGUAUAGGCAGAACAUCGAGCAGCUGGAGAAGGUGCGGGGCGAGUGGGAGCAGGAGCACCGGACCACCUGUGAGGCCUUUCAGCUGCAAGAGUUUGACCGGCUGACCAUCCUCCGCAAUGCUCUGUGGGUGCACUGCAACCAGCUCUCUAUGCAGUGCGUCAAGGAUGAUGAGCUCUACGAAGAGGUGCGAGUGACGCUAGAAGGCUGCAGUGUGGAUGCCGACAUAGACAGCUUCAUCCAGGCCAAGAGCACGGGCACUGAGCCCCCAGCUCCGGUGCCCUACCAGAACUACUAUGAUCGGGAGGUUGCCCCGUUGUCCAGCAGCCCUGGUGUUCAGCCGUCCUGUGGCAUGAUAAAGAGGUUCUCUGGGCUGCUGCAUGGAAGUCCCAAAACAACAUCGUCAGCAGCUUCUGCAGCCUCCACAGAGACCCUGACUCCCACCUCUGAUCGGAAUGAGGGUGUCUAUGCCGCCAUCGCUGUGCAGGAGGCGCCAGGACCCCACACCCUGCCAGCCCAGGAUUACAGGGCGCUCUAUGACUACACAGCCCAGAAUUCCGACGAGCUGAACAUCUCUGCGGGGGACAUCCUGGAGGUCAUCCAGGAAGGGGAGGAUGGCUGGUGGACAGUGCAACGGAACGGGCAGCGUGGCUUUGUCCCUGGCUCCUACCUGGAGAAGCUUUAAGGAAGGGGCAGUAGCCCCCGCCUGGACCUGUCCUGUCCACGGGGCCAGCAGUGCCCCCACCACUGCCCUGGCCUCGCAGGGGCCUCAAGACAGAGCCUACCCUCAGGAAAGGUACCGGCUGCUCCCGAGCAGUCCUUCCCACAGGGAAUAAAGGAGCGCUCUUUUUCCUCCUUGCA